UUUCCAUCUGAUGCUAACUCCCUCCCUCUCUAUCUCAUCUCAGUCUCUCUCUCCCACACACAAGAACAACACAUCGAGCAAGCCGACAUACAAUAUAUAAUACUAGCAGCACACAACAGCAGCCAGCAUUGACUGUACAAUUCUAUAGCAGGAUACACUUCUCGGUUCAACAACACAACAUUGGACAGGAUUUUACUAAGAACAGUAAGAAGGAAUUUUAAGGUACUUUUCCACCAAAGUGUGCUUCCUUGUCUUCAGCUAAUAAUGAAAUAUUUUGUGUAUUCUGCUUUACCACAAAGGAUUAUUUACUUAACCGAGGUAUUUCUCGUGCUCAUUUUCACCAACAUAUCUUCGUCUGUCGAUAUAACAUACGACGUGGAAGAAGGAGCAAGGAAAGGAACUUUCAUCGGUGAUGUGGCGGCUGAUACACAGCUCUUGAACAGUUUUCCCCACCGGGAACACAGGCUGGUCACAUUUAACCAACUACAGCCCAAAACAUUGACCACUACUCGUUUAUUUAACGUCUCCAAGAACGGUAAACUUUACACGGCGGAGGUGCUAGAUGCCGAAACUCUGUGUAAAUACAACACCGAGUGUUUUAAAAUGGUGGAAGUAGCGGUCCAGCAUGAACAAUCAUUUGUGAAAAUAUUAGAAAUCAGAUUGAUUAUUAAUGAUAUCAAUGAUAACCAACCAGAAUUCCCUGUCAAACAAAUUGAUAUAACGUUUUCUGAGGAUGACAGUAAAGGACUCAAAAGAUCAAUCCCGAACGCUAUUGAUAAAGACGUCGGAUUAUCCAAUUCUGAAAUAACCUAUCAAUUAAACAAAGAAUUUGAUGACCCUUUUUCAUUAUCCGUCUCAAAAAGAGUUGAUGGCAAGGCAAACCUUGAUAUUAAGCUAGAAAAGAAACUGGACAGAGAACAAAAAGACACGUACAAACUUCAAGUAAUCGCCAAAGAUGGCGGCUUUCCUUCCCGCCAAAGUAUCUUAGACGUUUUUAUAUUAGUCACAGAUGAAAAUGAUAACAUUCCGACAUUUUCGCUUAACGUAUACAACGUCACUGUCAAAAACACGUAUCGCCGAGACAAACCAGUUGUUACUUUAACGGCUACUGAUUUAGAUUCGGGAAAAAACGGCGAAAUUACAUAUCAUUUCAGUUCUGAAACUCCUAGUGCGGUAAGAUCGAUGUUUGAGUUAGAUGAAAAAACUGGUGGAAUAUUUCUCACCAGAAACUUUUCAUUCGGAGAACGAAAGACCUAUAAAUUAUUCAUUGAGGCAACAGAUCAAGGUAACCCUCCAAUGAGUUCUGAUGCACUCGUCUUGGUGAACAUAAUCAACCAACAGAACACCGCACCAUCUUUAGACGUAAAAUUCGUUUCGGGUUCCAAGGAAAAUACGGCCGCCAUUUCAGAAGGAGUUAAAGUAGGUAGUUUUAUAGCCUACGUCAAAGUCCUUGACAAUGAUGUUGGAAUGAACAGUGAGGUUAGCUGUGAACUCCACCAUGAUAAACUGCAAUUACUCAGUUUAGGAAGGAAGAAAUAUAAAGUUAUUGUGAAAAAUCGGAUCGAUCGAGAAACUGAGAGCUUCAUAGAUUUUACGAUCGUCUGUAAGGACGAAGGUUCGCCUCCACAGAGAACAGAGGGUAAGUUUUCGGUACAGGUACUGGAUGUCAAUGACAUACAGCCUCAGUUUACUAAAGAUACAUAUAAAUUUCUAACAUAUGAAAAUGAAGAUCCGAAUUUCCCUAUAGGCUUCAUAAAUGCCACAGACCUUGAUCUGGGAGACGGAGGUCAACUGAUUUAUUCGCUCUUGGCCGAAGAUUAUAGUUUCCUUCCAUUUGAGAUAUCCAAUUUUGGAUUCAUUUCAACAACCAAACCGCUAGACUUUGAACAGCAAGAUGUUUACAAAUUCAAAGUAUUUGUAAGAGACAAUGGAACGCCAUCGCUAAACAAUACAGCACAUGUAAUUGUUGAAGUAAUGGAUGAGAACGACAAUGCUCCAUAUUUUACAUUUCCCAGCGUAAAUCCAUUCAGUUUGGACGUCUACUAUAACCCACAAAGUGAAAAUGAUAUCACAGUUCUUAGGUCUUCGGACAGAGACAGUCAUGUCAAUGCUUUCCUCCGGUACGAGAUUCUAGGAGGCAACCAUAAGCAAUUAUUCACGGUGAAUCCUUAUACGGGAGUUCUAUCUUUUUCUCGAACCGUCUACCAGAACGAUGCAGGUUCGUACGAGUUAAGUUUUAUCGUCAAAGACAGCGGCAGUCCAAUUCUGUCUGCAACGACGACACUUUCUUUAACACUGACUGUCAGUAACACAACCUCAAAGAUGUAUUCAGCAGAGGACACAGAGUCCGAUAACCGAAUUCAUAUUAAUUUAAUGAUAAUAAUCGUUAUGUCCACAGUAAUAGUAGCGGUAGCUGUUGUCGUCUCCAUCACCGUUUGUAUUGUGCGAAGGAACAAUCAACGGAACGAACAAUACAACGAUGGUAUAGAUUCAUCCAAUAGGUUUUUGGGCGAGAGCAAACAGGGGGAUUAUAUUUGUGAACAAAUGUCUCUUCAGUACGAGGCUUCUGUUACCAUGACGAGCGUCGAUGACAACAAAAGUUCGCAGGCCUCUCUGCCUAGACUAGAAACUCACUCUGGAUAUAAAACAAGACAGAACUGGAGAGAUUCUUCAGCCAAAGUCGAUUCAAGGGAUCUAACACAAGGGACGCGGCAGAGGCAAGAAGGAUGGCAUAUACAAGAUGGCGGCAGUGGAUAUUCAGUGGUGAAUUAUAUUCGAUAGUAUGACGUGGCGGCAUUUAGGGAAAAAAAUAUCAGAGCUAUUACCAACUUCUCCCGCUUCAAAACUACUUCCGGCCUGAAUAUGCAGUUGGUUCCAUUUAUCACGUGUCUGUAUAUAACAACUUAAACCAUAUCACAACCAACUGACAAUCAACUAACACCAACAACAACAACAACAACCACAACCACAAUAACAACAACACCCAUAAUUCAAAAUCAUGUCAAGAAUAUACACACAACAAAAUAACAUAAUAAGGAAGUGAUAAAAGAAAGAAAGAAAGAAAGAAAGAAAGAAAGAAUGAAAGAAAGAAAGAAAGGAAGGAAGGAAGAAGGAAAGAAAAUAGUCAAAAAUACCAAACAUAAAGAAGAAAAUGAGAGAAAGGGGUUGGUAGAGAAAGGAAGACAAUUAGAAAGAUGGAAAAGAAGGCAGAAGGAAAGAAAGAAAGAAAGAAAGGAACGAACGAAAGAAGAGAAUGGUAAAAAAUACCAAAGAUAAAGAAAACAUGAAAGAAAAAGAUAGUACAGACAGGAAUCAAUGAGAAAGAAGGAAAGGAAGGAAGAAAGAAAGAAAGAGAAAAGAAAGAAAGAGAAAAGGAAGAAAGAGAAAAGAAAGAAAAAACGAAAUGAAUAAAUAAAUAAAGAAAUAAAGAAAGAAAGAAAGAAAGAAAGAAAGAUAGAAAGAAAGAAAGAAAGUAAAAGGAAAAACAGAAAGAAAGAGUGAAAGAACGAAAAGAACAAUGUGAUAGAGUGAAAGAAAAGAAGUGAAACCUCGAAUGAAAACAGAAAGGAAGAAUUACGGAAAGAUUAGAAGGAAUCAGAGGAAACAAAGCAAAGAAAGAAUUCAAAGAAUGAAAAUUAAAAAAAUUCAAAGAAAGAAAGAAAAACAGAAAGAAAAGCAGAAAGAAAGAUUAACCAUUUUUGUUUUGUUAUAAUAUAUUUCUGGAAGGGCUUUGGAAAAUGUCUAUUGACAAGGUGUUGUCAUUAUCUUAAAACUAUAAUGACAUCAAAGAAUAUGUAGAGAUGAAAGAGGAAACGAUGUAUUGGACAGAUUGGAUGAUUCCAAUUCCUGUUACCUUACUUCCGGUUAUUGUAAACAGUAUUUCCUGCAACUAAAUAUAUCACUUCCGGUUUUGAAACCUUAUUUCCGAUCGUGGCGAGAUAAUUUCCCGUUCACUGAAACAUUAUUUCCGGUUUGUCUAUAAGUUCCCAAAUGUAUAGACACACUAUCAAAGAAUUUCAUUUGAAGCUUUUUCAAUGUCACUACCCCCACCACACCAGCAUCAUCACCACCACACACACACUGCAACAUAAAUGCAUAUAUA